AUGGGGAAACCAGGGCAACCAGCAGCAGCAAACUCAACAAAGGGUUACGCCUACACAAAUUACUCACAUUCCACUUGUACCCAUACCAGCUCCUGUUGCACCUGCACCUUCCUCUUCUACUUCAUUGGAAGAGUUGGUCCAAAUGAUGACACUACAAAAUAUGCAAUACCAGUAAGAGACCAGAGCUUCAAUUUAGAGUUAGACAAAUCAAAUGGGUCUGGGAAGAACAUUGAAGUUCCCACUCUUGAGCCUACACCUCAAAAGGAAGUUGACCCUACUACUACACUUCAGAGAAAUCAUGAUGCUCAUGCAGCCGAUCCUUCCACAUCUGGUGUGACUCUUACGCCUUCCACCUCUACUGUUGCACCUUUCAUACUUCUUCCUUUCCAUCCAAGAUCCAUUCCAAGCAAAAAGAUGGAAGAGGUCGACAGGGAGAUCUUAGAGACAUUCAAGAAGGUGGACGUGAAGAUACCUCUUUUGGAUGCCAUCAAACAAAUCCCCAUAUAUGCAAAGUUCUUGAAGGAGCUAUGCACGCACAAGAGGAGGCUAAAGGGGAACGAGAAGAUCAGCAUGGGGAGAAAUGUUUCAGCAUUGAUAGGUGUUGUACCAUAUGACUUUGAUGUUAUACAAUCAGAUUGCACUAACCAUGUUGUAGGAAGUAUAUAUGCAUCUGAUUGUUAUGUUAAGCUACAGGCUGUGGAACCCAUUUCUCCCUCCCAUCUGGUUCCUGAUAUUCAGCUAGCAUCCAACAUUCCAAAGUUGAAACCCCUACCAGACAACCUCAAGAUUAAGAGGUCUACUGAAGAUGCGUCACCGAUCUGGGAUGACUUUCCCGAUGAAAGUUUGUUGACACUCUAUGCUUCUUUUCCCUCACCUUGGUUUGCUAAUAUUGUGAAUUAUCUUACUGCUUCUGUUACCAGGAGAUGCAUUUCGGACCAUGAGAUUGACUCGAUCCUCAAAUUUUGCCAUUCAUCUGCACCUGGUGGUCAUCUUGGCACACAAAGGACAACUCGCAAGAUCCAUGGGGGCUUUGCUUCGAAGUAUGGGGUUGUGCACAAGAUUUCUACACCAUAUCAUCCCCAGACUAACAGGCAAGCUGAGAUCUCAAAUAGAGAAAACAAGAGAAUCUUGGAGAAGAUUGUGCAUCCCAACAAGAAGGAUUGGAGCAAAAGACUCGAGGACGCUCUUUGGGCUCACAGGACUGCUUACAAGGCACUUAUAGGGAUGUCUCCUUAUCGGGUUGUCUUUGGUAAGUCAUGCCACCUUCUAGUGGAGAUAGAGCAUCAAGCCUACUGGGUUGUCAAGUCAUGCAACUUCUCACUUGAUCAAGUUGGGGAGGAAAGGAAGUUGCAAUUGAACGAGUUAGAUGAGAUCCGUCUAUAG